AUGUCUGUUCUGCGACGCAAAGUGACGAGAUUGGCUCCGCCUGUAGUCUUGACCGAUAAGGUUAUCCCGGUCGACUACUGGGACCAUCACUCUCGCGAUGCUGUCCUCAACGUAAUGCUGCGGUUUGACCGCCAACUCGAUGCAGCCAAAUUACGCAGGGCUCUGGAGCAAUUGCUUGACCGUCGAGAUGGCUGGCGAAGGCUAGGUGCGAGAGUACGGCUGGGCUCUUCGAACCAGUUACAGUGGCAUUUGCCUGAAAAAUACACUGAACAGCGGCCAGCAAUUACUUUUCAUCACAACCGCCACACCAACAUCAGCAUCAAGCAGCACCCACUGGCAUCUCGACUUAGGAGCCGUGGUCCACCAGCUUCUGGUGUUUCCAAUGAUGGCUCUACUCCUUGGGUGGUGGAGUCAGGCAGUGGUGUGGACUUCUCUCCGUUGAUGCGACACCCAAGUGAUCCUACCUCUUUCGAAGACUAUGUUUAUCAUGACAAGCCGAUGAUAGGAUUGCAAGUCACAACAUUCAACGACGCGACAUUAGUAUCGUUAGGCUUCUCGCACAUCAUGUGGGACUGUAUGGGGCUAAAGGACCUCUUUGAUGCGUGGUCCCUCACUCUACAGGGACGCCAUGGGGAGGUCAUCCCGUUGAUUGGAACUGAUCCUCUUGGAUCCUUGGGUGCCUCCCCUGAGUCGACCAAGGUGAUGCCAAAGGACGAUGCCAGAAAGCCAGCAGCAUCCACCUUCCCUCCUGAACAAUACCAGCACAUCAACAAACAGCUUGGAGUUGUGCAACUCGUUACUCUCGGUCUUCGACAAGCACUUGACAAACUGUUGAACAAAAAUGCGGUGGAAGAGUUUAGGACAGUGUGUGUGCCUGCCGCGUAUGUCAAGUCUUUGCGCAAGGACGCACUCCAAGCUCUCGAAGCCGAGAAUGGCAGUUCGCUCAGCCUUCAAGAAUCAGAGAAGGGUCGUCAGUCUCAACCGACUCCGAAAGCCAUUUUUUUGAGUGAUGGUGAUAUUCUGUGUUCGUGGUGGACUCGUAACAUUAUUACCUCACGCAUCCGCAAUCCUACUAAGAGCCGCAAAACCAUUGCCAUCCUGAACAUGAUGGGUCUGCGCGGCGUCCUGGCACAAGCAGGACGAUUGCCCGAGAAAGGUGCGCUGGUUGGUAACGCCAUCUUGCCCAUUCCUACCCUAUUACCUACGCAAGAUCUUGUCAAAAAAGGUCCUCUGGGCUUUGGCCGUGUUGCAAGGGCACUGAGAGAGGCUAUUGGGCAACUCAGCACAAGACCGCAGGUUGAGGCUCUACUGGCACUGCAACGGCGUGCAAAUGGAGACGAGGUUAAUGAAAACGUCAACAAGAAGAAGUCGGGUAACGGAAAAGCUGGAUUGCCCGCCCUUUUCGGCGAUGCGGGCAUGCACAUGGUUGUGUGUACCAACUGGACCAAAGCCGAGUUCUUCAACGUCGAUUUCUCUGCUGCAGAAGUAGAGGAGAUCGGCUGUGACGGGCUCUUUGAAAACGAGCGACUUCGGCUACCUGAGACGUCAUCUAGCGAUACUGGUGCCAGCAGUGGCACCGGAGGGAAGAGCGCCAUGGGUUGUGAUGGGCUUUGGGAGGAUGAACAUGCGUCACGUUCGUCUGCCGCUCUUCGCACUGAUGCUCCUGCAGUCCCUCGCGUAGAGGCGAAGCCGACCGGUGUUCACAUGCACUUGAUAACGGCAGGUACUCCUGCGUUCUUGAUGAGCAUCUUCACCAUCUUGGGCCGCGAUGCCAACGGAGAUUACUGGAUUCAGGGGAUGCUGAGGAAGAAGUAUUGGGCUAAAAUCGAGACCGCCCUUGGCCAGAAGUAG